AUGUCCUCCAACGUCGGCCUCUCCACCCCGCGUGGCAGCGGUACGUCAGGCUACGUCCAACGCAACAGCGCCUUCCUCAAACCACGAAACGCAGGCUACGGCGCCCCUUACCCACCCGUACCCUCUUCUGCUGCCGACGAUAAAGGCCUCUCAAGUUUCCGACAACGCAAACCCGAUCAGCAGAUCCUAGACCAUGACCGGAAACGCGCGAUCGAGCUGCAGGUUUUGGAAGAAAGGGAACGGCUCGAGGAGGAGAAUGAGGAACUGGAGAAGGAUAAGAAAAAGCCGUUGACAGAGGAGGAGAUUGACGAGCGGUGUGAUGCGCUGAGGGUGAAGUUGUUGAAGCAGUUGGAGGAGGGGGAUAAGUCAUCUUCUGGAAAUCGUGGUGAUCGCAGAAAGCAACAGCGUGGCGGACAAUACGACAAGGAUAGGAGACAGCUUAAGAGUUAUCAAAUCCAUGAAUUGGCGGAGGCGAAGAUACAGGAAAGUGAGAGGCUGAGAAAGGCCUUGGGAAUAAAGGAGGAUUGGGAGAAGAAGGAUUCUUCUCCAUCCGUGAAAGAGAACGAGAAGCCUGGGAGGAGCGAGGAUAAGGAGGAUGGUGGUCAGGAUAGAGAACAAGAUGAGCGAAGGGAUCGUCGGCGACGAUACUCUUGA